AUGCAUAAAAUCAGCUUGCUCUCACUUACUUUCUUUGCCCUAGUGGCAAUCGCUGCCUCCGGUCCUGGGGUGUGCCCUAGUCCCUGUCACUGCCAUGGAGACCUGCAGCAUGUCAUUUGUGACGACGUGGGUAUCAAGAAGAUCCCCAGAGUAUCGGACAACACCCGUCUACUAAACAUGCAACGGAAUAACUUGCCGGUCCUGCCUACGGGAGGCUUCGGCAGCAUGAAGGGGCUCAUCUCGCUUCAUCUGCAGCACUGCCAUAUCAAGGAGAUCUCAGGACAGGCUUUCAAGGGACUGAAAAAGCUCGUGUACCUCUACCUGUCGAACAACGAAAUCAGCAUCAUCAAACCUGGGGCCUUCGAAGACUUGACGGAACUGACUUAUCUUUACUUGGACAACAACCGCAUUCCUGACCUUCCCAAAGGCAUUUUCACCCCCUUAGCAAAUCUGUUCAUCCUGCAGCUCAGCGAUAACAAACUCCGUGAACUUCGACCAGGCACCUUUAGUGGGGCAAAGGACCUGCGCUGGCUUCACCUGAGUGGCAAUGAGCUGACCUCCAUCCACCCUUCGGCACUAGAUGAGGUGGAGAACCUUGCCAUUCUCCACCUCGACCGUAACCGGCUCAGCUCCUACCCAGUCUCACCUAUGAGCAAGCUUCGUGUAGUGGAGGAGCUCAGUUUGUCAAAGAACCCCAUGAAGGUGAUCCCAGAUGAAGCUUUCCAGUCUUUUGGAAGGUACAUGGAGAAGCUCUACAUGGACAACAUGGGCUUGGAGAGGUUUUCAGACGGUGCAUUUAAUGGAGUUACGGCUCUCAAGUCUCUACACAUAGAAAACAACAAGCUGAGCUCACUACCCAGCAGUCUUUCAUUUGCCACCGUAGAGAACAUAACUCUGUCCAACAACAACUGGAUGUGCAACUGCCAGCUGGCACCCCUGCGCAGGUGGAUGGACUCAAGUAGACUUCGCCCAGAUGCCACAUGUGCUUCGCCAUCACAGUACAGAGGACAACAAAUCCGAGAGAGCACCGCCUUCAGCAAUUGCAGACAGAAGUCAAAGAGGGACAAGAAGGGGACACGCCAUUAAUGAGGACGAGAUCAAAAUGAAGAAAAGUCCAAGCAGUCGUCAGCUCUAUGAAUGAGGAAGGAAGAAAGGAAGGAAGGAAGGAUAUCCACCUCCAUUCCAUCUCUCUAGUAGCCCACCUCUCCACCAAACCCACCCCUGGUGUUUCCUUUCGGAUUUUUCGUACCUUUUUG